AUGCCUCCCCGCGCUCCCUUCAUCGUUCCCGCUCUGCGGAAACACACCGCUACGGUGAUUAUGGCCCAUGGAUUGGGUGACAGUGGUGCUGGAUGGAUGGCUCUUGCUCAGAACUGGCGCCGUCGCGGCCUGUUCGAUGAAGUCCAGUUCAUCUUCCCUAAUGCGCCUAUGAUUCCAAUUACAGUGAACUUUGGAAUGAGCAUGCCUGGAUGGUAUGACCUUGCCAAACUUGGCAGCGACUUGACUUUCGAAGAGAUGCUUCGCAACCAGGAUGAACCGGGUAUCCUCCGCUCCCGGGAAUACUUCAACGGCUUGAUCAAGGAACAGAUUGACCAGGGCAUUAAGCCCUCGAGAAUUAUCCUUGGUGGAUUUUCUCAGGGUGGUGCUAUGUCUGUUUUCGCUGGCCUCACGGGCAAGGAGAAGCUCGGUGGUGUCUUUGGUCUUUCCUGCUACUUGCUUCUCAGUGACCGGAUCAAGAACUAUAUCCCCGAAGACUUCCCUAACAAGAACACUCCUUUCUUCCUUGCUCACGGCCUGGAUGAUGAGGUUGUGAAGUACGAAUUCGGUGAUUUGUCGGCAAAGGAGAUCAAAAAAUUGGGUGCAGAGGAUGUUGAGUUCCGUUCUUAUGAUGAUCUCGGUCACUCUGCCGAUCCAACGGAAAUCGACGACCUGGCGCGGUUCCUCAACAAGGCCAUUCCUCCUGAGAGCGAAUUAUAA